CAUAUCCGAAAACAAAUUAAUAACAACCACCUGUUUAUGAGCAUUAUGUGUUGUUUGUGUGCAUGGAUACAGACAGAUACAGUAUAUUCGGCAUAUCCCAUUGAGAGAGCCAGUUUUUUAUUUUGCUGACACAAUUUGCUGAUUUUGUCUUAUGUUUCGUGUUUUGUAAAUACGCGUGCCCGUGUUCCAACAUGUUGCAGCUCUCUUGAUGUCGCGGUUCUAAACAGAUGGAUGUGCCGUUCUUCGGAUUGUGGGACCCUAGAAUUUCCGUAAUUCGCCCGUGUUAAAUUGUCAAAUUUUUGGCGAAUUGAAUCUUAACUUCUGUAGACCGAUUGCCAGGUCAAAAACUGGGCAAAAUGCAGUAAAUCAACGGAAAUUUGUGGGCAAGAACACUGUCUGUUAUAAUGACCAGAUUAUCUGGUCGAACCUCCGUGAGAAGCACCUGCCGGUAUGAUAUUGAUCAAAACUGCCUUCUGGGGAAGGGCGCCUUUGGAAUAGUGUACAAAGGAAAAAUUGUGAAACGCGGAAAUUUUAAUAGUACAGAGACUACUGUUGCUGUCAAGGUGACGUACUGGGAGCAGGGAACGAAAUCUCAAAGCCGCGUCGAGGACUGGCUGGAAUUAAUUGAACGAUGGAAAAGGCUGUUCAACUUCCGACCACAUGCUCAUUUGAUAUCGUAUCAUAAAUUAUCAUUCAACGUAGCCAGCGGUGGAUUUGUUGGUUUUGAAUUUCUGAUGGAUUACUGCGAUGGCGGUGACCUGGCCACUGUGCUAAGCAAGCCCAACUGCAAAGAGCCAUCUCAGCGAGAAGCCAGCAAGCUGGUUAACGAGUUGACAGUUGCUUGUCACACUAUGCAGAUUGCUGCAGGACUGGAGUACCUGCAUAAAAACCAGUUUGUCCACAUGGAUCUGAAGCCACACAAUAUCCUGGUGAAGAUACAGCGGACAGGGCAUCACAGACUGGUAAUUGCGGACUUGGAUGACAUUAUACAGAUGCGCGAAGCACAAACCCACUCGUGUGAUUUUCCCCCGAACAACGUCCGUGGUACUCUCCGCUAUAUGUCACCGGAAAUGCUGAAAACAUUUGCCAACAUGCCGUCUUUAGAGAAAGCAGGGCAAAACACCGAUGUGUGGAGUUUAGGAUGUGUUAUGCAAGAUUUAAUUGACUACUGUUACGGUAUUGAAGAAAGAACUCUCCGCAAGACGACGACGGAAUUUCCUUGCAAUGAUGUUAUUAUGGAUAACACGACUAAAGACUUCCAGUACAUGAAACUAAUCGAUAAGGUUAUCUGCCGGUAGUUAACGCUACGAUCCCGUCAGCAUUCGCUGACCUUAUUGGGCAGUGCUUGGUCGUGGAUGUCAAGCAGCGGAUAUCCGCUGCCGGCAUGAAAACAGCUUUAAAAGGACUUGCAGCAAAAAUACAGCCGAACGAAACCAACCGACCAUGCUUUUGUGGAAGUACUAUGGCCAACUACCUUCAGUUAAUGGAUAUAAGCGAGAAUGAUCAGUUGCGACCAAGUCCACUAAUCGACUUCGGCCCACUGGAGACGCUGGACCCGUUCGCAUCUCCAACCGCGUCCGCGGGUACUCGUGCCUGUCACCAGAAAACGGCUUGGCGUGUCGUGGUGGCAGCGGUUUACUGCUGUUUCAUAGUGGAUGGUAUAGCCGGAUCUAUCGAAUUGAUUAUUUAUAAAUAUUCUACCAUUAACGUUGGUAGUUUGGUCAAUGGGGUUCUUCUUGUUGUGGCGCCUGUAGCCUGUGUGUUAGCUGAUAAAUUUGGUUAUCGUUUGCUGCUAUCCAUUGGUCCCAUAACGGCAUCCACCGGGAUAGCAUUCGGCUACUUCGCCAAUGACGACAUUUUGAUGGCAACAUCCGCAGUAAUAGCAGGAAUGGGUCUCGGUUUGAUUUAUUCCCCAACGAUUAUAUACGUCACUGCAUUUUUUAACGGGAAGGGCGCUUUGGCUGUGGGCAUCGUGAUGAGCGGCUCCCGAAUGGGCGGAAUAGUCUUUUCGUUUUUUACUGGUUACCUGCUAGAGCACGUUAAUCGACAUGAAGUACUGCUUGUUCUGUCUGGAAUAUGCAUGCUAUGCUUCCCCAUCUGUCACGCAAUGACACAGCAAACACUGCCGUAUACGGAGCCGCUUACCAGCGGAAAGCAGUCCAUAUUGCGAAUCUAUCACAAUCAUGCUCUCCUCUUGUAUACCCUGGCGAUCUUGUCUGGAGCUUUUGCCUUUCUGGUACCGGUUAAUUUCCUGAAAGAUUUGCCAGCUGUGGCGAACAGCACAAUGCAACUGCGAUUCGCAGUGCUAGUUGCGCUUAUGUGUGCCGACAUAAUCGGGAAAAUUGUGUGGAACGUUUGCUUAGACCACACUGGUUGGAAUCCGUUGAAACUGCAUAAUGUGUGCAUCUUUUUCUGUGGAGCCAGUAUGUUCAUGAUGUCAUUAUGCCAAGACAUAUGGAAAAUACUGAUUUUAACUAUCGCUAACGCUUUCUGUGCCGCCCCGUUCAUCUCCUUUGCGACAGUUAUUCUGACCAAGUUAUUGGAUGUUAGGCAGCUGCCGGUUGCCUACGGACAGAUCCAGCUCAUGUCAGGGAUCGCUCACUUUGUUGUGCCUUUUCUCGCCGCGUACAUCAACAGCAGAGCCGCCAUUUUGAGCGCCGGCGGUCUAUGGAUGAUAGCCACAUUGAUUGCCACACUCAUCUUUUUUCUUCCUCGGCAAGCACCUUUAUCGGAGCCGGUCCCCGACCAAGAAUUUAAAUUGUCGGUUAUGUAGUCUAAUAACACCACUGAAAUUUAAUAUUGACCAUACAGCGUAUCGCUUAAAGAGGCGAACAGACCGAUUUUUUUCCCGAUUAACGUUACGGCUGAAAUGUGAAAUCGCGUUUAGACGCAGCAAGUCACGUCAACUACGGUGAACUACCAUUUGCCUGUCAAAUUAGCGGUUGCUGAACGUUUGUACAUACACCAAUUGUGCUGAGACUUACAUACGUGCUGAGACUUCCAUAAUAAAACGCGA